AAAGAGAAAUCAGGUUGUCUUUGGAACCGUGUUCGGACUGCUGGCGUUAGUCAUACUCGCCGUUGGUACAGCUGCGUGGUUCUAUCACCGAAAGGUGACGUUAAUGCAUCAUAUGGACGAAAUGGAAGUGAAGGAGUUUGGAUCCCAGAAGGACAAAAGGUGAAGAUUCCCGUCGCUAUCAAGGUGCUGCAUGAGUCUAACGCUGUUGCUGAGAAAGAGAUGUUAGAGGAAGCGGGCAUCAUGGCCAGCAUGUCUGACCCUUAUUUGGUGCGGCUCAUCGGCGUAUGCUUCAGUCAGCAGAUGAUGAUGGUAACCCCGCUGAUGCCGCUGGGAAAUCUGUUGGAAUAUGUUCAAAAUAACAAGAGUAAAAUAGGCUCUGCUGCACUUAUCCAACACCGCCUUGUUCAUCGUGAUUUAGCUGCACGAAACGUGCUUGUUCAAAAUCCGUAUCACGUGCGGAUCACAGACUUUGGAUUGGCAAAAUUGCUUGAUUACGGUCAAGACGAGAUAAAAAUCUAUGAAGGAAAGGUGACUGAUAAAUCAGAGUUUCAACCUGGUCUCUUGAGCAGUGUAUUCAAUACAAAAGGUACACCCAUAAAUCAGAUGUUUGGGCCUUUGGUACGAUUCACGUUUCCUAUUUAUGAUAUUCCUCUCCACGAAAUUCCGGCAAGGCUACAAAACGGAGAACGUCUACCUCAGCCAAAAAUAGCUACUUUAGAAGUGUAUAUGAUGCUGAUCAGAUGUAAGUUGCUAAAACAAAAUCCGCUUUUUACAACAAAUGUACUGCAGAUAGCAAGUAUUGUACAAGAAGUUCUUCUGCAUCUGUGCAAUCAAAUAAUAGUAACCAGCAGAUCAUCAUGUGAAUCAUCUCGAGCCUGA